AGGUAAGGGAUUGCGCUCCAGAAUGUAAACAAUCAAGAUGGUAGCUGAACGUUAGAUAGUUAGCAACCCUAGACAUAUUGCAAUGCAAUAGUUGCUCAUCAGUUUGGUAGUAUUGUCAGUGAUACUCGACACGAUCUAUCUUCUAUCAAUCUCGUAGUUUGAUUGCAUUUGAUUAAGCUGUCACCAUGACUCGAGAUAUAGUGAUUGGAGAUGAACUACCUGACUGGGUGGGAGCCAAGGAGUUCUACCAGAAAUAUGACCCAAAAGAGGUGAUUGGCAGAGGUGUGAGUAGUGUGGUGCGCAGAUGUGUGCACAAGCACACAGGGCAGGAGUUGGCAGUGAAGAUUAUAGAGAUCACAGCUGAGAAGAUGACGGCACAGCAGCUGGAAGAGGUGAAGAGCUCCACACUGAAGGAGAUCCAGGUCCUCAAUAUGGUCAAAGGACACUCCUCUAUCAUCACUCUCAUUGAUUCCUAUGAGUCAACAACCUUCAUAUUUUUGGUAUUUGACCUCAUGAGGAGUGGAGAGCUUUUCGACUACCUGACAGAGAAGGUCACUCUCAGUGAGAAGGAAACUAGGUGUAUGAUGCGAUGUCUCCUGGAAGCUGUCCAAUACCUCCAUUCCCUCAACAUAGUUCACCGGGACCUGAAACCUGAAAACAUUCUGCUGGAUGACCAGGGACACAUCAAACUCUCUGACUUUGGCUUCUCUGUCCAGCUUCAGCCAGGCAAGAAUCUGAGAGAGCUUUGUGGGACGCCAGGUUAUUUGGCACCUGAAAUCCUGAAAUGCUCCAUGGAUGAGACGCAUCAGGGAUAUGGGAAGGAAGUUGACCUUUGGGCGUGUGGGGUGAUUCUGUUUACCCUGCUGGCUGGCUCUCCACCCUUCUGGCACCGCAAACAGCUGCUGAUGCUCAGAAUGAUCAUGGAGGGCCGCUACCAGUUCAGCUCCCCAGAGUGGGAUGACAGGUCUGACACCGUCAAAGAUCUGAUUACCAGGUUGCUGGUGGUGGACCCAAUUGUCCGUCUCACCGCUGAACAAGCCUUGGCUCAUUCCUUCUUUAGGCAGUACCAAAGGGACGAGGUGCGUCACUUCAGUCCCCGGAAGACAUUCAGGGUACUGAUCCUGAGUGUGCUGGCCUGUAUCCGUAUGUACUGUCGCUACCGCAGGGCCAGGCCACUGACGCGGGAGGUCCUGGCCAGAGACCCCUACUCCCUGAAGGGAGUGCGCAAACUUAUCGACGGCUGCGCCUUCAGGAUCUAUGGACACUGGGUUAAGAAAGGGGAGCAGCAAAACAGGGCUGCCCUCUUCCAGAAUACGGCUAAAAUAUUGCUUCUUGGUUUAGAGGACUUUGAAACUUAAAAGGUCAUACUUGUUCUAGUAACUGCAUUAACCUUAUGUAGUUUAACAGGUUUUACAUUUUGGUGUGCAUAUUUUUUUCCUUAUGAAUGUUAGGUCUCGUUACAUAUGAUGAGGAAUUCAGGGUCCAGUGACAUGUUAGCCUUAAUGCGGAUAAUGGCUCAUAAUUAUUUAUGGUUAAGUGGAUUUGAGAUCGAUGUAGAUUCCAAGAGAGUGCUUUUUGAGACUACUCAAAUCAGCUGGCAAUGGUUUUAGAAAGCAAAAGUGACAAAGCCACUUCAAUGCACUAUAUUGUACACAUAGGGCAAAAAAGGUGAACAUAUAUCCAUACCCCGAUGAUGCAGUUAAUGCUUGAAAAGUAAAAGUAUUUUAUUGGUAUGACAUUCUUUAUCGAGUUGGCGUAACAUUCUUUUUUCAUUGUUUACUUCUAUUUGCUACCUAAACCUGUAUUUUAACAAUCAUGUAUUCUUACUGAAUCUAAAAUAACAAAGUGAUUGCAGAAGAAACAUUAAACAUUCCAAAUAUAGUUUUCCAAUUUCCACUGAUAUUUUAAGAUAAGGGUAUAGGAAAAGACGAAAUAACUGUUACCCCAGUCAGAUUAGUUUCCUUUCUGCGUUUGGUGUUUAGUGCAAUACAACAAUUAUUGUAACAAAUAGCAUUCCUUUUCAGUCCAGUGUGAGAUUUACUCAACUAAGUGUACCUUUGCCUGAAUGAAACUGGCAUUCCUCAAUAAGUGGUGUACAAUAAUUGUAUAACUAUAAAAGACAUGUUUUAUUUAUAAUAAUAAUAAUAAAAGUAACCUAUUUACUUUGUCA